CUUCCGGUACGCCGGGUGCGGUUCCGGGUCGUGUCGCGGCUCGGGGUAACAGGGCUGCUGUUGCCGGCCGGCGGCGGCGGGGCGCGGCGGGGUCAUGAGGGCGAGUUUGGGGCGCGGCAGCCGAGCCGGCCGGUAGAAGCGCCGGUCCUCGAGGUGCAGGGGCCGAGAGGCGUGGGGAAGCCGGGGCCUCCCUCAGGGACGUGUCCUGGGCGAGGCGGCCCGUAGUGUGGAAGCAGCUUCAGGUAGGUGAGUCCGUGAAACAGUAUGAAGAGGAGAAAAUAGCCUUUUAAAGAAACUGGCCCACAGAAAGGAUGGCCUUCUUGGACAAUCCAACUAUCAUUUUAGCUCAUAUUCGACAGUCACAUGUGACCAGUGAUGACACGGGAAUGUGUGAGAUGGUUCUCAUUGAUCAUGAUGUUGACCUAGAGAAGACUCAUCCUCCUUCAGUGCCUGGAGACAGUGGGUCAGAAGUUCAGGGAAGCAGUGGUGAGACUCAGGGCUACGUGUACGCCCAGUCUGUCGAUAUUACCUCAAGCUGGGACUUUGGUAUUAGAAGACGCUCAAACACAGCUCAAAGAUUAGAACGACUCCGCAAAGAGAGACAAAACCAGAUCAAAUGCAAAAAUAUUCAGUGGAAAGAAAGAAAUUCUAAGCAAUCAGCCCAGGAGUUAAAGUCACUGUUUGAAAAAAAAUCCCUCAAAGAGAAGCCUCCAAGUUCGGGCAAGCAGUCCAUAUUGUCGGUACGCCUGGAGCAGUGUCCUCUGCAGCUGAAUAACCCCUUUAAUGAGUAUUCCAAGUUUGAUGGCAAGGGUCAUGUGGGUACAACUGCAACUAAGAAGAUUGACGUCUACCUCCCCCUGCAUUCAAGCCAGGACAGACUGCUACCAAUGACCGUGGUGACAAUGGCCAGCGCUAGGGUGCAAGACCUCAUCGGGCUCAUCUGUUGGCAGUAUACGAGCGAAGGACGGGAGCCAAAGCUCAAUGACAAUGUCAGUGCCUACUGCCUGCAUAUUGCUGAGGAUGAUGGGGAGGUAGACACAGAUUUCCCACCGUUGGAUUCCAAUGAGCCCAUUCAUAAGUUUGGCUUCAGUACUUUGGCCCUGGUUGAAAAGUAUUCAUCUCCUGGUCUGACAUCCAAAGAAUCACUCUUUGUUCGAAUAAAUGCUGCUCAUGGCUUCUCCCUGAUCCAAGUGGACAACACAAAGGUCACCAUGAAGGAGAUCCUGCUAAAGGCAGUGAAACGACGAAAAGGAUCCCAGAGAAUUUCAGGCCCUCAGUACCGCCUGGAGAAGCAGAGUGAGCCUAACGUCGCAGUGGACCUGGAGAGCACGCUGGAGAGCCAGAACACCUGGGAGUUCUGCCUGGUCCGCGAGAACAGUUCAAGGGCAGACGGAGUUUUUGAGGAGGAUUCACAAAUUGACAUCGCUACAGUACAGGAUAUGCUUAGCAGCCACCAUUACAAGUCAUUCAAAGUCAGCAUGAUCCACAGACUACGGUUCACAACUGAUGUGCAGUUAGGUAUCUCUGGAGACAAAGUAGAGAUAGACCCUGUUACGAAUCAGAAAGCCAGCACUAAGUUUUGGAUUAAACAGAAGCCCAUCUCAAUCGAUUCUGACCUGCUCUGUGCCUGUGACCUUGCGGAGGAAAAGAGCCCCAGUCACGCAGUAUUUAAACUCACGUAUCUAAGCAGUCAUGACUAUAAGCACCUCUACUUCGAGUCCGAUGCAGCCACAGUCAGUGAAAUCGUGCUCAAGGUCAACUACAUCCUGGAGUCUCGAGCAAGCACUGCCCGGGCCGACUAUUUUGCUCAAAAACAAAGAAAACUGAACAGACGUACAAGCUUCAGCUUCCAGAAGGAGAAGAAAUCAGGGCAACAGUAACAAUGGACUCCAACCUGUUGCCUCAGUCCAGGUUGCCUGCAGGGCUAAGUGACCCCGGAGUCCACCUUCAUCCUGCAGUGCCUGAUCUCACAGGCAUAGGGCUGCUGGGCUCUGGGGAGAGGGUUAGAAGUAGGGGUGCCCUACUCUGGAGUCUGGGGACAUUGCCAUUGGACUGAAACCUGGCAAUGGCUGUAAGUAGCAAUGCCCAGGAACCAGACACCUCCUGGAGAAGCCACGCGCUGCCCAGCCAUGUUCACUGCCUGGCAGUCCCACCAAGGAUGUACAUAGCCAUGCCAGACAGCUCCUUGCAGCUUGAUCAAAUUUCUUAAAGCAAAGAAAGAACAAAAAUGUACAUUUCUUUUUUUCCUUUUAAUAAACAGGUUACUCUUUA